GACGUUCUAGAACUUCUAGCUUCAGCUGCCGCUCUCUCCCGCACUACUCGUCCUCUAUGGUAUUCACAUAGAACGUUGUGGUGUGUUCUGUUUUCAUAGUAGUCAGAGCCUGGAGGAUCGUAAGUUGCUGUACGCUGAGCCGGUAAUGCUGCAGCUCGGCCCCUGCAAUGCACACCUGGUAGCAGGAGCUGGCUGUGACCUCCUGGAUGAGGCAGCUGUGCCCGGUAACAGCCAUGUCUGACACCCCGCCCCCCAAAAACACAGAGAAUGGGAACAAGGUGGUGAAAAAGUCAGAGCUGGGGCCACUGUUUGAGUUCCCUGAGGAGCCCGAGUUGGACUUUGAUGACUCCGAUUCACCCUCGGACCUUCAGAUGGUUAAUGGCAGACGACUGUUUCCCAACGUCACAACUGUCCCCAACCAGCUCCUGCUUGUGUCAUUAGUAGAGCAUCUUUGCUAUGUCCAUGGACAAAGUCCCCACAGAUCUAAAUAUCUCUUCAAAUUGCUUUGCCAAACCUUUACCAAAAUGGGCUUAUUAACACCGUUUGCCUUCAGUGAUGAGUUCAGCACAGUGAGACUUCAGCACAGCACAGCCAUCACGGAACUGCUAAAGGCAGCAAAACGUCACAUGUACAAUGAGGAGUUAACCAAUGGGGAUUUGAAUGUGCAUUUAAGCAGGAUUAAAAAUGUUAUUUUUGAAGCUCAGACCUCUCGUUACCUCAGUGAAUUUGAAGAAAUUUGUCAACUUGGAAAAGGAGGGUACGGGAGAGUCUACAAGGUUAGAAAUAAGCUAGAUGGGCAAUUCUACGCAAUAAAAAAAAUCUUAAUCAAAAAGGUUUCUCGGAAAGAUUGCAAGAAAGUACUUCGGGAAGUGAAGGUUUUGGCUGGCUUACAGCAUCCUAACAUUGUUGGUUACCAUACGGCCUGGAUGGAGCACGUGCAACCUCCAAACCCACAAAGCAAGCCCUUAGCACCAUUACAGGCUAUCAAAGACUACUCUUACCACAACUCUGAGCAGGAGGAUAAAUCAUUACAAAAUAUGGAGAGCAAUGGAUCAUCUAUUAUAUUUGCUGACUCUACAGAAAAAAAUCUCUCUUUUGGGCUUUCCAAAGAAAAUAAGAUGCCUGUGUCUUCUGUGGAUAAGCAGAAAAGCUCCGUUAAAAAAAAGACCAAUAACUGCACAGUUUCUAACAUGAACGCUUCACGAAACAAAGACUCAAACUCCAAUAUACGAUCAAAAAACAAAAUGUGUAAUAAAACUCAUACGUCACAAGACUUGUUUUGUUGGCGAGACAGAUGUCCCUUUAAUUCGGAUGACGAUCUUGAUAACACCAGUGAGUCAUCUAGCGAUGAAGAAUGCCAACAAAAGGAAUUGUGUUUGCAUCGACACUUUGAGAUACAGUAUCAUUUAAUGCUUCACAUACAGAUGAAACUCUGCGAGAAGUCUUUGGGUGAUUGGAUCACUGAAAGGAAUCAUCGUUACAGACACCAAACCAAAGCUGCCGGUGCCUAUGACUUUGUGGAUGUCCAGUGUAUAACAAAACUGCUUUACCAGCUGGUGGAAGGGGUUCGUUAUAUCCAUUCGGUGGGGGUGCUGCAUAGAGAUCUUAAGCCGAGGAAUAUUUUUCUUCAUGGGCCAGAUCUGCAUGUGCGUAUCGGGGAUUUUGGACUCGCGUGUAAAGAUAUUAUACAACACUCUAGCGAGACAGACGAGACCAAAGAUCCGAUGCUCACGUCAGGAGUUGGGACCUGUCUAUAUGCUGCACCUGAACAGUUAAAAGGAUCUCAAUAUGACUUCAAGUCUGACAUGUACAGUUUGGGAGUUAUAUUACUAGAACUUUUUCAACCCUUUGGAACAGAGAUGGAGAGAACAGAGGUUCUGAGAUCGUUGGGAAACGGGCACAUCCCCAAAUCAUUUGAAGAGCAGUGGCCUAUACAAAGCAACUAUGCAAAACUACUUACCAGCCCAGAUUGCUCCAAGCGACCGUCUGCGGCUCAGAUGUUGGACAGUGAGCUUUUUUAUCAUAAAGAUAACGUUGUAAAGGAUCUACAGAAGAAAGUGUUACACUUGGAAGAAGAAAACGAGAGGUUGAAGAAGAGUUUACAGAUGUUACGUGAGCAGAUGCCGGCACAAGAGGACGCGGCCGGGUCACCUGUCUGAAGCAGCUAGAAUGCAGUUACAUGUGCUCUUGUUCUCGUCAUAUCUGCACCAUAUUCUGUGAAACCGAAGAUAUAAAUUAAAGUAUUUAUGUUUUUGUUUUUUUCAUAAUAAAAUAAUUUAAAAAAACAACAUAAAA